AGUCAGAGGCGGGACUCGGUGGAUGGAUGACUGGAGUUUCCCUUGCGGUCUGAAGAUUAAUGGAAGGGGUCUGUUGAUCUUAGGAAUCGACUGUCAGAUGGUCGGUCCCAGGAAACCAUUGCACUUGAUGCCUGGUUUAGAAACGAAUAGAGAGAGAUCGAUUUGAAAUAACCAUCAGCGGCAAAAACGAAUAACCUGGACACCACUUUUGUUAUCUAGGUCUCAACUGAAAAGGCCUUCCUACACAGAUAGCACCUGGUUAGUUCAGGCCAGGAUACGACUGAGAGGGACGCUAAAAGCUAACGCUAGCUUGCUCGUUAGAUUGACGGAAAAACAGCUUUCGACGACCUGUCUAAUGCUCCGGACUGGAUUUUGGGAAAAUCAAACCUACUCUGGAAAUACAGGACAACCGAGUUCCAUCUUGAUUUGCCGGUGCUCGCUUGGAAAAUUGACGAGCUAACAUUACAAAGCUAACAUCUACUGGUCAUCUCUGCAAGAGUUAGCUAGCGUGCUAGCCUAGCUAACCAAAGCGUUAGUGUUAGCUGCAGACUUGGAUAUACACGCUUGGUUGGAGUUAUCCGAACUCCCUAAGGAGAGGUGUUGGAGGAAACAUAACGUUACACACGGUAGUCAAUAAUGAUAGCUGCUAGCUAGUAGCUAGCUGUCAGCGUCAUUGAGACCAGCGACUGCGUUAGCGGUGUAGCAUCACUCAACGACUUGUAAAGGAAAACUCAGUCCGAGCCCAGGUACUCCACCAUCAGCCUGCCAUCAUGGGCAACACGCCCACCGCAAAGAAGGGCAAUGAGAUGGAAAGCGUGAAGGAGUUUCUUGCCAAAGCCAAAGAAGAUUUCCUGAAAAAAUGGGAGAAUCCAGCACAGCAAACUGCAGCAUUGGAUCACUUUGAGCGUUUGAAGACCUUAGGCACUGGUUCGUUUGGUCGAGUCAUGCUGGUUAAACACAAAGAUUCGGGCCAGCAUUUUGCCAUGAAAAUACUUGACAAACAGAAGGUAGUGAAGCUGAAGCAGAUAGAACACACACUGAACGAGAAACGUAUCCUGCAAGCUGUGAGCUUUCCUUUUCUGGUGCGACUGGAGCACUCUUUUAAGGACUACAGUAAUCUGUAUAUGAUAAUGGAGUAUGUACCCGGCGGUGAAAUGUUCUCACACUUAAGGAGAAUCGGUAGAUUCAGUGAACCACACGCCCGCUUCUACGCAGCCCAGAUUGUACUGACCUUUGAAUACCUUCACUCGCUGGAUCUCAUUUACCGAGAUCUUAAGCCAGAGAAUCUGCUCAUCGACCAGCAAGGUUACAUCCAGGUAACAGAUUUUGGAUUCGCGAAAAGGGUGAAGGGCCGAACCUGGACGCUUUGCGGGACCCCAGAGUACCUGGCGCCAGAGAUCAUCCUCAGUAAGGGUUACAAUAAAGCAGUGGACUGGUGGGCUCUGGGAGUGCUGAUAUAUGAGAUGGCUGCUGGUUACCCCCCCUUCUUUGCUGACCAGCCUAUUCAGAUUUACGAGAAGAUUGUAUCAGGGAAGGUUCGCUUUCCCUCCCACUUCAGCUCAGACCUGAAGGAUCUGUUGAGAAAUUUGCUGCAGGUGGACCUGACCAAGCGCUUUGGCAACCUCAGGAAUGGAGUCAACGAUAUCAAGGGCCACAAGUGGUUUGCCACCACUGAUUGGAUCGCCAUCUACCAGAGGAAGGUGGAAGCUCCCUUUAUUCCUAAGUGCAAAGGCCCUGGUGACACAAGCAACUUUGACGACUACGAGGAAGAGGAAAUCAGAGUCUCCUUCACAGAGAAGUGUGCAAAGGAGUUUUCUGAGUUCUAGAUUCCAACCAUGAGAAGCAGAGAGAGAGAGAGAGAGAGAGAGAGAGAGAGAGACAGGGAUUUAGAAAGUAAAAGGGGGUCGGAAGGAAGGAAGCUCUAGGGUGGACUGCUAACUUGCUUAUUUGUAAUGACGACAACAAUGUAAAACCCCUCCAAUGGAAAGGUAGGCAAAGUGAAGAAAGAUCCAACAGAACCAGCAGUGUUGCCUUUUCUGAUUGUUUCUCAACUGUUACCUAUUCAUUUUAUUUAUCCCUCUUGUGUUUGUGACAGGGGCUCGAGGAGAUCAGGCAUAGGUUGUGGCUGUCCAGCUAUACUUGUAUCUUUCUAAUGGUGUAAUGACAUGUUUUUAGUCAGCAGGUUGAGGCAUUGAUUUUCUGUUAAGGUACUGAAUCUGCUAGGUUCCCUUUUUGAAUGGGCCCUCUCUACAAGCUUCUCAAAGAGUGAUUGUUGUAUCUUGUCACCCUGGUUCCCCCUCCAUCUCUCCAUCCUGAAUCUGUCCAAGCAAUACCAAGUCCAACAGAUGUGCCUAUCAUAAUGCCAACUGGUUGGAAAACUGUGUCGAAAGCAUUGGUGCAGAGCUUUGGCUAUGGUGGCAUCAACCCUUUGUGUCCGUUUGGUUUAAAGCUUGAAAACUCUCUGCACCUACCUUUGUCUGCUAAAUGUGGCAUGAUUAUUGGGUAGUUGAUGCACUCACUGUUUGCAGCUGAAGCAGUGGUGACCUCUUUGAUCAGAGUCAAAAUGAUUUAUCACAGUAAACUUCAUCUAGGUCUUACUCCUUUUGGGGACCUGUGAGAAAUGGUAAUCAUGGGGUUUGCAUUUAAGUCUGUCUUUCUCUUAGCUGAAUUUAUUAGAGCAUUUUAAGAAUCCUAUUGGUGAUCAUGUUGUCCUUUUAUGUCAAUCUCUGUGCUUGUGUGUUAUUUAGUGCUCAAGGGUGGGUUAAAAAGCUGUGGUUUCUCAGCAACUAACAUUGUGGUCACACUCCUGACUAUUGUUUAUUUAAUUCAUAGUACAUUUAUACAUGUAUAUCGAGAUAGAAGAUAUGGAGAUAUAUAUAUAUAUAUAUAUAACCUGAAAUAUCCAUCUUUUUCAACAUUGUCUCAUAGCUGUGAAACUGAAAUUAAGAUUUCAUAAAUAAACAAAUAUAAAUUCUGCCAAAUUUGCAAAUUGAGAACAUUGCAAAGUUUUCUGUAUGUAACUAUGAUGGUGGUGGAUUUUAAUACGCAAAAAAAGUAGCAAAACGUUUCAACAAAAUGUGCAUGUUAUUUUUGUACAAUAUCACUUUUAAAGAAAGAUGGCAGAGCAUUAUGCUUUAUUUGUGCUGAGGUACAUGAGAUUGUGGAUAACAUGCUUAACUAUUAAAAUGGACUCUCGGCUUCUCUAUUUUGAAGAUGGAACAAGACUCAGUUCAAUGUGUCCAAAAGUUCUUCUGGGCUUUGUUCAUUAUUCAGUUGUAGGGCAAAAGUUUGCUGAUAAUUGUCACUGAUGCUUCUCCUUGAUAAUUUUUUUUUUUCUUCCCCAUUUCUCUUGUGUAUAUACAGUACAUGUAACACCUUCAGAUAGAUUUGCAGUCCAACAAAAUUUUUGGGACUGUUGAGAUUGGAGUGUUUUCUUUCCAUUUUCCAGCUUUCUAUGUAACAAAUUAAACUAAGGAAGCUAUCCUAAAGCUG